AGUUUUAAUUCAGCCUACAAGCAAAGUAUAGGCCAAAAAGUGUGUGAGUUUGUAUGCGUGCAUUCCAGCAUGUGUAUGUGUAUGUACGUGUGUGAGAGAGAGUGUGUGUAUGAGAGAGAGAGGGAGAGAGAGAGAGACAGACAGAGACAGAGAGAGGAAGAUACAGUAAAUACACGCACAUUCCUGGCCCUCCCAUCGGGACGAGACAGUGUAAAAGAUUCAUUAAGGAGUGAGAGGCUGUCCUGUGUUACAUCACAUGUGUAAAAGGCUCUCAAACGACGAUCACUACAACUGUGUGUGUGUGUGUGUGUGUGUGUGUGUGUGACUGGUCCAUGCAGACUUGUGUAGCCCAAAGUAAAUUGAUUUUUCAGUUAUUUUCAUUUUCAUUUUUUAUAAGUUUCCUUUAUUUCAGAUGUAGCAGCAUUUGUUCUCCUUGUUGCAGCUUCUAAAGGUAAGUCCAAUAACAAGUAGAAAUUUCCUCAAAGGUGACAUGAGCCAUGCCAAUAAACGGGACAAAAAGGGACAUAGAGUAUAAUCCUCAGAAAAAUAUCACACUAUAUGAAAUAUUUUAACAAUUGACAAAGUAUAGAUUUACAAUAUGAGGUGGUGACUUGAGAUACAAGUUUAAUUUGUUUCCAAUAACUUGCAGAAAUUUUCGAUGCAAAUUCACAGACAUUUAUGAUCAUUUUUGGGGGCAUAAAUUAAAAUUGCAUGAUGGUUUAUCACUGGGAACUUAUAGUGGGGCGGAAGGGGCAUGCCCGGGGAGAGAGACACUAAUUUAAUGCAAAUUAAGUUGAAUUUCUACCUGGCAUUCUGCAUCACUCAAUCCCAACGACAUUAUUCAUGCAACAGUCAUGCAUUUGAAUGAGCAAUGACCUCACUUGGUUAAAGGACUAGUCACAAAUAAACCAAAGUAAAUCCGUGUUCUCAAAUCUAUUUACGUGGAAAUUGUCCAACCUUGAAUAUUCCCCAAUUUGCCCAGCACAGCAAUUUUCCUCCCCUUUGCAUCCCGUCUCGACAUACAUUAGCAUUAAGUGUGAAUCAUUAAAACACAAUCAAACUUCCAACCCAGAGGAGUUGAAGGUCAGCGUGACCUUGUGGCCUCUGGGCACGAAGAUCUUCCUCGGGGAGUGUGUGUUGCUGCGGUGCAUGGUGGAGUCCAACUCCACUCUGGCGUGGAGCUACAGCUGGUUCCGGAAUGAGUCUCGUGCCACCCAGGUGGGCAAGAACCCCCGACACCUACUCUCUGGGGGCAGCUACUCAAUCACUGCUGUGAUGAAGGAAGAUGCCGGCAGCUAUUGGUGCCAGGCCGAGUGCUGUGACAGUAACACCACCGUGGCGCUGCUAAGCAAGCCAGUUACACUGAGUGUUUCAGGGCUACCCCCACCCUCACUGAUUCUGAUCCCCAGCACCAGGCACGUGUUUGAAGGGGAGACCUUUACCUUGCAAUGCCCUGAAACUCUGACGAACUCCUCUGCUUGGGUCCUGUGGCAAACUUCUGCCAGCCGUUUAAUAACGACCGCGGACUCCAAGACAUGUGCAUGCUCGUCACCAGGCGGUGGUGUCAAUCCAGGCGGUUCAAGCACCUGUGUCGUCUCUGCUACCAGGGGGGGCAGUGGGCUGUACUGGUGCGAAGGUGCUGAAGGUCGCAGCAACGCGGUCAACAUCACCGUCACCUCUGGUCCGGUCAUCAUGAGGACCCCCGCCUUGUCCGUACCGCGUGGGGGGAAUGUGGUCUUAGAAUGUCGUUACCGGAAAGGCAACCAUACAAAGACCACCUUUUUCAGGGAUGGCAUCAAAAUGUCCCCCGACAGUUCUCCCAGUCAAGACACAGAAAUAAAAAUAACCAUUGUGAACGUGAGUGAGGCACACGAAGGCUUUUACAAGUGUGCGUCGCAGGACGGAAAGCUGGAAAGUCCACAAAGCUGGUUAUCAGUAAGAAGCAACCUAUCUGCGGAUGUGUCAGCUGACUCCACUUCUGGUUCCUGGAUUUGGGUCGUCGUUUCGUGCAUUCUUAUGAUCUUCAUCCCGCUUGCUAUCUUGCUAAUUCUACAUUUCAGGUACAAGAUGCUUUACACGUGCAACCAUUGGAGGGUUUCUUGCGUGGAAACUCCCGCAGUUGUUCUUCCUGCCACCAAGCAAGAUGUGACGGAGGUACAGUGGGAUUUGUCCUGGAUGGAGAUGUCCAACCUGCUGUAGCUGUGCAAAUGAAGGUUCCCACUCACAUCUCUCAUGGGCAUUCAUCCAUCCAUGUCCUUGUUGCAUAGCACAGAUAGAAUCCAGUGUGAUGUAGUAUAAUGAAUUAUACUGUGGCAAUACUCUCUUUGAUUCGUCUUCACUUUUGUUUCCACAUGUAACUGCAUACAUGAAUUCAAUUGUGCAAAUUCAAUCCAAUGGAAUUCUUGCCUUUGUCAGAUCUCUUUUCUUUAAAUAAACCCUUUUGUUAUCACUA